AAUUUCGAAGUGGAAUUCGGAAUGAUUUGAGGGAUUUCCAACACUGUCUCCCAAUCAUUUCUAGUGCUAGAAAACGCCUUAAAGCUAUUUCGUCGUUUCAGCACAUUCCAUUUCAACCACCAGCAACAACAAAAGAUCCAAGGCCUUAGGGCGCAUAGAAAAUUGUCGAAAAUAUUCGCCCAUAAGCAAUAAUACCCCAUUUAGGAACUUCAAAUCCAUCAACGGCAGCUAACUCGGACGCAGAAUGUCUGUGAGCGAUUUUAUUAAAGGUUUACCCAUCCACGACUCAAACAACUUCGCCCACCUAAGCAACGAGCAUGGAAUAAGGACAUCCCAGAAACGAGCGUCCGUUUACCUGCCCACCGAGGAUGUAGCCUCGGAGCAGUUAAUCGUGAUGGACAAGCGAUGCGUCCUGCUGCGCUAUCUCACCCAGCAAUGGGACAAAAAGACGCUCCAGCGUAAGCGCGAGCACGGUGGCGAAGGAAACGGCAAUGGAAACGGCCACGGUAGCAGCUCGACUACAAACGGAAACAAUAGCAAAAAGCGUCCGCGACUGGAACCCAAUGAUCUGAACUGAACGGCAGGCCCGACCAGUCGGACAAUCCCACAGAACCUCGACUCCAGCACCCCAUUCAUUGCCAGCAGAAGUUAUCCCUUCAUUUACAUGCAUAUGCUUAAAUAAAUACAUUAAGUACAAAAGGAUUGAUUUGCAGUCGAAAUACCCCAAAGGCUAAUCAAAAUUAUAAUUUCUUACUGGUACCAAUGUAGGAAACACGUUAUUCAUUCUUUUUCAACUAAAAUACUCUCGUUUCAUACUAACCCUUAUAGUUAAGUGUUUUAAUUUCAGAAUAAGAUAGGCAUUUUUAAUGUGUCAAAGCAAACCAUUUUCUAAUUAACCCCCUUUAACCGAAUAGUUUAAUAUAUUUCAAGAAUAUAAAACUUGAGAUAAACAAAUUAAAAGUCUUUGCAAAUUUUCUACUUCGCACAUUAGCUUUUAAGACCCUUUUAUCAAAAUAUUAACCUAAAAUUUAGGGAAUUUUUUUGAAAAUUAAAAAAAGAAUAUUACAUAUACCGAUA